AGGGACACCAAAAAAUCAUCAAAUCACGAGACUGGCUGCAGCGAAUUGACCCGAAAGAGCUUCGGGGGUUGGGAGUCAUAUUCUGGAGUUCUGCAGGCAGCGGCCCCAGCUCCGGGUCUUUUAUUGAAUGAUAUACCUUAGUUCCAUGGAAUGACUGAUCAAUUUCAUACUACUACUGCCUUCUCCCGACUACGCCGCUACUACACUCUUCCUGCUUCCGAGAGAGAAGACUUUCUGUGCACAUCAUCUUCAUCUUCAUCUUCUCCAUCUUCAUCUGCUUCAUCAUCAUCAUCAUCAUCAUCUUCUUCUUCAUCACCAUCAUCAUCAUCACCAUGGACGGCCAUUUUGGCAGCGGCAUUGAGGAGGACGGCGAGCCCUAUGUAUACACCAGCGUGCGCUACGAUAAACGACUGGUCCACUCGCCGACGAAUACCGCAGCCUCAUGCGGCACACCCUGUCCCUUCUACAUGCUGGAACACCACUGGACGCGACUGCAGAUCGCCAAGUGGAGCACAUUCUUCUUUGCCGACGACAGACCUCGACCAAAUUCUGGCGGACCCGCCGUACUGCUCAAUACGUUGACGAGAGCGAUCAAGCAGUGGCAUGAGAAACAUCCCGACGAGAACCCGGAAGCCCUCCGAAUCAAGCUGCGAAUCUACGUCGGCGGCAGAAUGCGGACCGAGAUCUAUCACCCCUUGAAGUCCAUCCCCCUGACCGCUCUCUUCCCCACCUCGUUCGAAGUCUCGCUCAAAUCUUCCACCGACUGGACGAUCGUGCUGGAUAGUCAAGCCACCGAACCAUCGGAAGGGACCAUGUACAAAACCCAUGAUCGAUCUUUAUAUGGUCGAGCUCGCACUUCCGCCCAGAUCAUGACGUACCAAGAGCCGAAAGAGGUCCUCUUAUGGACGCGUGAGAACACUGUCCUGGACGGAUCCUUCUGUACACCCUACUUUUUCCGUGGCGGCCAAUGGGUGACUCCGGAGUCUGCUGUCGGAGGACUGCAGGGCACCACGCGCAGAUGGGCGUUGGAGCAGAAGUUAUGUGUCGAGGGAUCGAUCCCUAUCGACAGCUUCCAGGAUGGCGAGACGGUGUGGCUGAGCAAUGCCGUGCGAGGAUAUUUCUGGGCCGUGUUCAAGACGAAGUGAUUUUCUUUUUCCACUUUUUUGCUUUUUCAACUCUGCCAUCUUCUUGCGCGUGUAGCAUAUCCCCUUUUUCUUUUUCUUUUUAUUUUUCUUCAUCUUCCGCGGAACUACCAAAAAAACUACCUUACUGGUGUCUUCUGGGGGGAAGAUAAAGAGAUGACCCUUUCGCUAGCUGGUUGCUACCACUCAUAGGAACGUCCCACAUCGCGACAAACUUCUCUCUUGUCAGUUGAGCUUGGGACUUCACACCAGAAGAAUGAAAAUGGAUGGAUGUCUGAUGUCUCUGAUGAUGCUGCAGGAAUGAGAGUCAGAACGGGAGCAUCGAUACUAUCGAUACUAUGUGAUGUGGCUGUGGGAUACGACGUGACGUUGUCGAUCAGAACCUUGAAGGUAGGUACCUACAGUACCUACCUGUGUACCUAAACUUGCCAAGAAAGCGCUAGAACCUUCACAUAGCAACUCAGCUUCAUGCCUAUUUGGCGCAUGAGUCUAGAUAGUAGGAGAUAAAGGGUCGAUGUGUUUGAGGUCGGUCGGUCGAGGGAGUAUGUAUCUACUGCUAGUCAAUCCUACAAGCCGUUAAUAAGUGCAUAAGAUGAGAGAUAGGUAAGGACUUAAAAGGUCGCCCACGCUCUCAGGUUAGCCUUAUUUUCCUGUUUUUCGCCUACUCUACAACACGCUCUACUACACGCUCUAACAGGUACAGUUCAGGACAACCCCGUCCAGUCUCUUCGCUCAAUUCUGCGGCGAGAGAAGCCAUCUCCUCCCUCGCAGCAACUUCUUCAAAUGGCGUCGCAUGCUCAAAAUCCACCAUUCGUACUACUCCUCGGCCACUCUGCUGCACAUCAUCAUCAAUAAGAAAAUUAUAUCGAUUCGCAUCCCCAUGCACCAAACCAAUAUCCUCGUGCAAUCUUCGCAGUACCGCUUCGCAUUGUGGCAAAUCCGCAAUCGAAGCAAAACGGCCAGGUAAUUUUUCCAACAGAUUCCCUACGACUCUGCCACAUUCUGUCAAAUGACCCAGUACGCGCGGAGAUAAGCUCGCAGGAGGAGAGUCCGCGCUGUUGUGGAAUUGCUUCUCCUGUUGUUGUUGUUGUUCUUCUUCGAGAAGCAUGUACGCCCAGGUUUCCCUCUCCAGUGCCGGCACUUGCCACUCAAACGUCGCGAUUUUGGCGACUGCGGGAGCUCCCUGGUAGAUGACUUCGUCGACAUUGGAUUUGAAGCGUGUGGUUCGCUCGAGAGAAAGGACAUCGAUGCGUUCGGGGUGCCACAGGGUGGUGAUCUCCGGUAACGGAUCAUUGGUAGUGGUGACUUUGAUACUUUCUUCUGCGCUGGGACGUGUGAUGAACAUCCUGGUCCACUCUUCGGUAGGAAACUCCGGUAGUCUUGGAAUCAACAGCCAUGGUCGACAUAAGGUGUAGUCGUCAAAUACAUCCGUGGCGAUGGUGAUGUAUCCGACUUUGUCCCCGAAACGGACGCGAUAAACGCCAUCUUCGUCGUCGAUACGCUGGUUCAGAAUGCUGAUUUCGACCAUUGUGAGGGGUUCUGGUCAAAGUGG